AUGGCAGGAGACCCUAUGAAGCGCAACCAAAACCUGUAUUGCCAAUACUACCAAGAAUCGGGGCACACCACUAAGAAUUGCAGGAACUUAAGGAACCACUUGGACCAGCUAGUCCGAGAAGGAAAAUUAAGGCAUCUCUUACAUCAUUCCAGUGGUCAACAAGGACAGGCGAAUCCUGAGUCUCGGAGAGACAUCUCCUUAAGACCUCCUAUAGGCACAAUAAAUGUCAUUUUUGUUGCUCCGGGAAGGACCAACUCUUGUCCUUCCAGGGUAAUGCCUGUGGCUCGGCUUCCCACUGAGGAUGAUGAUUGGGAGUCCAAAAAGGCCAAGAAGGAAGCCUCACCAGUGCUGGGCUUCUCAGACGAAGAUUUGAUCGGAACCAUCCAACCUCAUGAUGAUGCUCUAGUGGUCACACUCAAGAUUGGAGGAUAUGAUGUGAAGAGAGUGCUAGUAGAUUAG